CAGCGCCCAUGAAAAUAAGUGUUGCACAACUAUAACCCAAUAUUUUUUCUGGUGCAAUCAGCUAAACAGAGGAUAUAUAUCGGAAGAAUCACCACAGUCUGUACAUUUGGAGAAAAUGGAAGGGGGCACCAGAAGUCCCAGGAAGCUGCCAAAGAAGAAGAGCCAGCAUUAUUCCUCCUGUAUGUUAUACCAUGGGAGACUGGCCCAGGAGAAGCUGUACGGCAUCACCAUAGCAACAUGCAACCCAAGUGUUGAGGAUGAUGACAGGAUUAUAGAUAACGCUGAUUCUGACAAAGAAGUGUUCGGCCAUCACCACCACAGAAGGCAGCAUGUGGUGUCGGACAAGAUGUCCUGCAACUUCUGCAGUGUAGAGUUCGACACACGCCGGGGGCAGAAAGCGCAUUACAAAUCAGACUGGCACAGAUACAACUUGAAACUUCGACUAAAAGGGUCCAAGUUUGUUUGUGAAGACGAGUUUGAAAAAAUAGCAGGUGAUGUUUCCAGCAUAUCGGGGUCGGAGGAUGAGUCGGAGAUGUCUGACACGGACACUGAUACCGGGGGAGGGAGAGGGAAGAGCAAACCCAUGGCUAUACCCCAGCAUGUGAGGGGAGCGUCAGCCCACAGUGGCACAGACAGUGAAUCUGAGGGAGGGUUGACGAUAGAAGGAACAGCCAGGAAAUACCCCAAAGUCUAUUUUAAGAACAAAGAAGGAGAGCUAAUUUCCGUGUUCCGAUGCCUACUGUAUCAUAAAAAGAAACCUCCUAGCACCCAGGCUGAGCUGAUAGCCACCGCUGCUGAUCUGCCCCAGAAAACCAAGUGGGCGAUCUGUAUGACAGCUGGCGGCCAUUUUGCUGCAGCAGUGUUUGAGGGAGAGACCUUGGUAGUCCACAAGACCUUCCAUCGGUAUGUGGUCCGGGCGAAACGCGGGACAGCACAGAGCAGUCGAGACAGCCAGGGGAAUGCCCCCAAGUCAGCAGGUGCCAGCAUUAGACGCCAUAACGAGGCGGCACUUAUACAGGAAGUCCAGGAUCUCCUGACCUCCUGGUCUGAGCACCUGAAGAAAUGUGACCUCAUCUUCCUCCGAGCGCCGAGCUUCAACAGACAGAUGUUCUAUGCCAGCAAGAACCCGCCCUUUAAGAAGGAUGACGUUCGCAUCAGAACAGUUCCAUUCCCAACACGUCGACCAACUCUAAAUGAAGUGAAACGAGUCCACCAGAUGCUGGCAUCAGUCGAGUGUUAUGGUGAGGAGGGCAAUGUGAAAGAUUUUCUGCCAAUGUCGCCAUUGCGUCACUUUAGUCCUGAGACAGGGCGACUGGAAAUUGUGUCUGAGGAUUCGCUACGCCGAUCUCCACGGAAACUGAAAGAUAAAGAUUUAAGCGUGUCCCCACUAGCUGCCUCCCCGAAAUUUGUUAGUGGCAGCCCAAGCAACAAACAGACGGGCAAGUUCAUUCUCCCAGAUCACUUGCUUUGUGAGGAAAACCAGCCCUCGUCGUCGGCAACGUCGACCGCGAGUGAGGCAGACCUCGUGGAGAUGGAGGAGACCAUUAGUACACUAGAUCUGCAGCAGUUCGAGCAGACUGGGAAGAGACCUCGCAGGAAGAAAAACAAACGGCAGCGGCGGCCAUCUUUGAAACAUCAAGUGGAACCAGAAGGUGAUCUGUUUGCUGAAGAAAGAUACCACCUCCGCAACGCCUUGUACACCGCCUGCAAAGUCGGAGACAAGAGUGCACUCCGCAGUUUGUUGGCUAUCUUCAACCACCCAGCAGCUUGUGUAGAUAGUCCCCUGAUUGACGACACUGCCCAGCAGGGGGGGCAGGGAGCACCUGUUGAGUCUGGGGAGGCAGAGGUCCUCCUGCCCGUGGGGGUAGACAAGGGGGAGGAAAUAUCCCAGGUCGAUAAAGAUGGUGGUUCAGCCACAGAAGGAAAAGAAAACAUUCCUGAAUCUGUUUUUGAGACAGAAAAUGUUAAGGACGAAAGUUUCCAUCAAGGAGAGGGGGAUUAUGAAAUCAAGGUGACAGAUUGCGGAGACAUUGAUUCAGAGAUUGUCAGUAAAAAUGGGCAGGAAUAUACAGAGAAUGUUGAUGCCUUGAAAGAUGAGGAUGCAAUUUCAGAAAUUGUGCAUCACGACAGACAUAAAAAUGGCGAGACUUUCGAGAAAGAAUCAUCAGAGAAGAUGACAAGCACGAAACCUGCAGGUCUUCCAGGUCUCACGCUGGGUCUGGCUCAACCUACAUUUGAGUUAUCUCCCCUUUUUACAGUUGAAGUGUUGAACGAACCUUUUGGUGACAACAGCACGACGUUGCUCCACGUGGCCUCGAAGGGUGGCUAUCCGUCCCUGAUCAGACUGUUGAUGAAGGCGGGUGCCGAUCCCGCAGUCAAAGACAAGUUUGGAAAAGUGCCUUACUCCGUUACGACCAGUAAGGAGACGAGGAAUGAGUUCCGUAGAUUUAUGGGGGAGUUCCCAGAGAAGUUUGACUACAGCAAGGCUCAGAUCCCAAGUGCACUCACACCCGAGAUGGAGGCAGAGAAGCGGGUCAAGGAUGCCGAGAAGAAGAAACAGCAGAAGAAAGCCAAACAGGAACGCCUCAAGGAGAAGAAGGUGGAGAUGGCUAAGACGAGAGCGGAGGAGGAAGAGAAGAAGAGAUACCUGUCUCUCUCGGAUCGGGAGAAGCGAGCACUGGCAGCCGAGAGACGGAUCUUGCAGCAACAGGAAGUACAGGGAACAGCACCAUCUGUUCUCAGUCGCUGCUGGCAAUGUGGGACUGACACCACUGGAAAGGUUCCCUUUGAAUACAAAGACUACAAAUUUUGUUCCCCUAAAUGUUUACAACUACAUCGUAAAAGCUGUGCUAAAUCUUAACACAAGCUGUUUCUAGAUAUUGUUUGUACCUUCAUCAGUGAUGAACCAGAGAUUCUUUCAGUAUCUUACCAUAUUAAAACGUGCUUGUUUUUUGUUCAUUAGUAGCAGAUAAAUCUGGAAGUUGAAAUUUAAUAAAUAGUUUUUUGACCACCUACAUUGAAUUUAAGGCCAAAAGUUGUGUAAACCAACUAAGUAAAAGUAAAAGGCCUAAUGUAGAUGUGCAGAAGUCCUGACUGGCCUUGGUACGUCACUGAUGGAUUAAAUUAUUGAAGUCUCAAGUCUUCCUCGCAGUAAAUUAAUUAAUGUUUAUUCAUUCCACUUGAGUUAGUGAAACACUGUUCUUCUUUCUCCAUUGUGAUAUAGUUAUGGAUACAUUGCGACUGUUUUGGCAGACAUGUUCUCUGAGCUUGUCCUAGUUAAAGGAUUAGCAUUUUGUAGAGUUUAAGAUAAUUUAAAGUUUUGUUUAAGCUAAAACUUUGGGUUUAUUUGCAUCUUUCAUAAAGCUGCAGUGAAUUACAUGAUAGAAAAGAAGUGUUCUUAUUCACAAGUUAUAUUCUUAUCGACCUACUUUUCAACAACUCAGGCCAUUGGGAGUGUAAGAUCGGUUCAAUCCCCUGGCUGCCUUGUGCCAAAACAGUGUAAAAAGAUGGUUUGUGUUGUUACCCUGGUGCUGCGCAUUUAUGAGAUGAAACAAGGACUGGUCGGCUCAGUCU